CCGAUAUUUCCCUCUUAAAUUUCAAUUUCAACCCCGGGCUUACAAUUUCUCUUCAUCCCCCUCCACAUCAUUCGCCAUGGUUGCUGCUCUCCGUAACGUCUUUAACGUCUCGCGCUCUCCAGUGCUUGCACGCACCUGUGUUCGAUUCUCUUCAACAGCCUCAAGACAGCUCACUUUAAAAGAACGUCUUGCCGAGCUCAUUCCUGCAGAAAUAGAAAAGGUAAAGGCAAUACGUGCCGAGCAUGGUAAAAAGGCGUUUGGUCCUGUGACGGUCGACCAGCUCUAUGGUGGUAUGCGUGGCCUUCCAGCCCUCAUCUGGGAUGGCUCCGUCCUCGAUCCAGAGGAAGGCAUUCGUUUCCGUGGAAAGUCUAUCUCCGAGUGCAAGGAGCUUCUACCCGCUGCACCGGGUGGCUCAGAACCUCUCCCGGAAGGUAUCUUCUGGCUUCUCCUAACCGGCGAGGUUCCGUCCAAGGAGCAGGUCGCCGAGCUCAGCCGCGACUGGGCUGCUCGUGCUGAGAUACCUGAUUUCGUAAAGGAGAUCAUCGACCGCUGCCCUCCCACCCUUCACCCCAUGAGCCAGUUCUCCAUGGCGGUCACCGCACUCAACCAUGACUCUGCCUUUGCCAAGGCAUACCAGGACGGUGUCUCUAAGAAGGAAUACUGGGGUUACGCCUUCGAAGACUCGAUGGAUCUCAUUGCCAAGCUCCCCAACAUCGCUGGUCGCAUAUAUCGCAACGUGUUCGGUGACGGCAAGCUGCCUGCCAUCGACAACAGCAAGGACUACUCUGCCAACCUUGCCACCCUCCUUGGCUUUGGUGACAACGAGCCUUUCGUCGAGCUCCUUCGUCUCUACAUUACUAUCCACACUGACCACGAAGGUGGUAACGUCUCAGCUCACACCGGCAAGCUCGUCGGCUCUGCACUCUCCGACCCUUUCCUCGCCUUCGGCGCCUCCCUAAACGGUCUCGCCGGUCCCCUCCACGGUCUCGCAAAUCAGGAAGUCCUCCUCUGGCUCCGCAAAAUGCAAGACAAGAUCGGCGAAAACGCAACCGAUGAUGCCGUCAAAGAAUACGUCUGGUCUACCCUCAAAUCCGGUCAAGUCGUCCCCGGAUAUGGACACGCCGUUCUGAGAAAGACUGACCCCCGAUACACCGCACAGCGCGAGUUUGCCCUCAAAAACCUCCCCAAUGACCCCCUCUUCAAACUCGUCGGUCAGAUUUACAACAUCGUGCCUGAUAUUUUGUUGGAGGCGGGCAAGGCUAAGAACCCUUGGCCGAACGUGGACGCCCACUCAGGUGUUCUUCUGACUCAUUAUGGACUGCAUCAGAUGCAGUUCUACACCGUGUUGUUUGGUGUUUCUCGUGCGUUUGGUGUUGCUGCACAGUUGAUCUGGGAUCGUGCGCUUGGUGCUCCCUUAGAGCGUCCGAAAUCUUACUCGAGUGAGGCUAUCCAAAAAAUGUUCAAGGACAAGUCAUGAUAGAUGCUCGCCCCGUUUGUUGUUGUUUUUCGCAUAUCUUUAUGGCUACAUGAUUCUUAGACUACCUUAAAUCCAUGAAGGCUAUUGUUCCAGGGAAUAUCCAUCGGGUUCACGAUC